GCAAGAUGAAUAGCCAUUCGAAGACAGACGAUCGCAUCCACUACGCAUAGUUGGUGCGAUCGUCAUUAAAAAUAAUUUUAAAAAAUAGUACAAAGUAUUCAAAACGACUUCUAAGACUAUUAAAAUUAUGUUUUGUAAACGUUUUGUGUGUUCCUGUUAUAAUAUCGGAGUUUAUCGGUACUUCGCCAAUUAAGCAAUAAGAAGCCCUAAAUAAAAUGAUAAAACUUCACAAACGCACAUUUUAUAAAAUUAACAAAAGAAAAACAAGCAUGAAAUUAAAUAUGUCGGACACACUGAAACGUCGCUAAAAUCCCGUAACAUUUAUAUAAUGGUACCACCGGAUAAAACCUAAAAUAAUUACUCACCACAAAUAGAAAAAAAAAUGGGAACACACAGUUAACUAAUCAACAAUAAAAAACUAAUAACAAAAAUGGCUCUCACAAACAGGAACCCGGAACAAUCAGUAAUUCACUAUGCAUCGAAAAAACACCGUCAACCAAAUCAUUCUAAUAAUCCACCCUAUCCCAUCCCCCCAAGACAUCAUCAACCAUAUAAUCAUUCCAAUGAUUCACUAUUCAUCCCGCCCAUUCCACCCAACCCUCCCGUCCGCAAUCAACCCAUCGAUCCAGAAAAUUGGCUUAAUAAUCCCCCUUCACAUCCAACUGCUAACUUAAAUCCACCCAACCCCAUCCCCCCCGCCCCCCCAAGACAACCUCAACCGUAUAAUCAUUCCAAUGAUUCACUAUUCAUCCCCCCCGUUUCACCCACUCCUCCCGUCCGCAAUCAACCCAUGGAUCCAGAAAAUUGGCUUAAUAAUCCCCCUUCACAUCCAACUGCUAACUUCAAUCCACCCAAUCCCAUCCCCCCAAGACAACCUCAACCAAAUAAUCAUUCCAAUGAUUCACUAUUCAUCCCCCACGUUCCACCCACUCCUCCCGUCCGCAAUCAACCCAUCGAUCCAGAAAAUUGGCUUAAUAAUCCCCCUUCACAUCCAACUGCUAACUUAAAUCCAUCUUUACUAUCUUCUGUUGACUACUGGUCACAGCAUCCUGCUCAUCCGAAUUACGUUAGUCCUCAACAGCCUAAUUACCCCUUUAACUCCAAUUACACUCCCGUUCAAACUCGAGCCCCUACCCCCAUCGAAAUGCAUUACAGUCGCAACGUUCCGUCUAGAUUGGAGCACCAAUUACCUGAAAUGUAUCGUCCGAUACGACACAGUGCAUAUCCUCAAUGGUUCUCAGUGUUUGAUACGCCUCAACGCACGUCUCCUACAGUCCCACCCACCUUUAACUUAAAUCAUUUGAGAGAAAAUGAUGAUGGGGUUAAUGAAACAAUUCCAUCUAGUAGUCCAGUAUCAUCAGAGUUCAGAACUGCUCCAUACACGUCCCCUGAACGACCUCCUAUUCCUAGGUCCACAUUACCUCUUGAUCUUUCAAUACGUCGAAGACAAAGUCCCAUUGAUGACGACCAAAUACCCAGAUUUGAUAUACCUUCGACAACUGUUUCAACCCCUUCUGAUUGCACACCAUAUUACAAUUAUCCUGCAGGUCUUUCUAUCUCGGAUAGCGACACGCCUCCAUAUAACCUGAUUUCCAAUCUGACUCCUCAGUACCCCGCCCGCACGUCCACAGUCACAUCUCCAGCCAACUCCAGGCGUUCUCAAAGACACACUCAUUCAGGGUCCUCCUGUUCCACUCUUCCGCCGCUGCGUAUUUCCGAAACACCAUCUGAUACACCUAUGCCUCCUCGCAUACGCACACCAGUAGGUCUUCGGUCCCCCAAGCUCUUGCCUCCCAAUAACUCUAUCGCACCUCAAAAUCCAAACCGUGAUUCACCUAUUACUCCCUACCUUAAUAAUGAACGCCGAACGCCCUCCCCCAUCCAACAUGACACUGUUCCCCAACUAUCCCCUAGCUUAAUCGGACUUCCAAACUAUAAUACAUAUAGUUAUAACUUUUUUUCCCAACCUCAGUCCUCCGUUUCACCCAUACCUUCGCCAACUAUUCCUCCUUCUCACACAAUUUCUUCAAAUCCAAAUAUGGUUUCCAAUUAUGCACCUUUGUCAUCUGAUAAUCUUGUGUUUAGCAAUAAUGUCAAGUUUCCUAUAAGGCGCUCUUCUCUUUUAUUGGACCAUAUAUUGGCCACCACUUCGCCGCCCAUAGUUCGCCCUCAAAGACCUCACUCUACCUCAUCUUCAAUUAACAACAAUAUUGAUUCAGCAUCUCAGUCCUCUCUUCCAUCUAUAGCUCCUUAUUCAAUUUCUCCUAUACCAAAUCGGUCACAAAAUCCCAACUCAACUGAUACUUUACAAAUGUUAAAAUUUGCGCUUCGCUAUACGGGUCCUAGUUAUAUUCCUUCUACGAGUGAAAAUUACAACCCGACUGCAACUGUUGACCAUAACGGUUCUGCUGAAGUUCAAUCCUGCAUAGAUUUUCCACAAGCUCUUCCAAUACAUGAGCCCAACCCAUCUGUUUCCCCUUCCCUAAUUUCUAACCAAGCUAACUCUCCUGAAAUGGAGAACCCAAGCUCACCUCUACCUGUUGAACGCUACAUUACCGCUGAACCUCAAUACCCUAUACCAAAUAUGUAUGAGUCAUCUAUUCCAUUUAUGUCACCGUACUACGCUAUGCUACCAGAAAGGCAGAGCCCUAGUCCACAGUUGCAGUCACAACAGGUGCCCAUUAGUCAACGUAAAUGUAAAGUAGUGUCUUCUCAAAGAGAAAGCCAUGGUCCGCUUGCACCAACGCUUGGUCAACUAAUGUCUUCUCACAUUGAAAGUCAUAGUCCGCUUGUAGAAUCAGUUGGUCAACCAAUGUCUUCCCAAACAGAAAGUCAUAGUGCGCUUAUAAAAACACUUGUCCGCUUGUAG